AGCGUUUUCCGGUCUUCCGCAUCUGCGUUGAAAUUGUGACAUCACAACGUUACAGAACAGGCACAGUCUCUGAAUACGGGCUGCGUGCAUUUCUCCGUGGGUUGAGCGUUUUGAUCCCUGGACAGUAUUUAUGUAGCACCUAGACUUGCUUUAUAAUAAACAGAAAGAUAUAAUAAACAAUAUGGGACCUAAGGGAAUAAAAUUGUUUAUUUUUUUUUUUUUUUUAAAUGUCCAUGAGACAUUAUGGGAUAUUUACAUUUUCAAGACAUUUUCUCUGUCUUAGAGAUUUGUUAAAUCUUUGUCAUCUUUGUGACGCAGAAGUACUAUCUUCUCAUCAGGGUGGAAUUCCCGGAUCAGUUCAAGUCGACUUGAGCAACAAAUGUCAGGCAUCACUUGUGAGAAUUUCAAUAUGAUCACACGCCUUGUGGGAAAUAGAGUUAAAACCUCGAAACACCAGCGGCCACGGUCUACGCAGCAGGGACUUCUGCUCUGGACUUUUUUGACCACUUGUGGUUACUGGACUUGAUAAUACAACAGCUGCACAUGACACAGUUAAAAGGCUGCUCAGAAGCUGAACUGAAAGUGUUCUGCUCACGACAGUGAAGAAGAUGUUGUGGAUCCUGAUAUUUACGAGUUUGCUGUUUAAAGUCUGCAUUUCACAGAUCACUGGUUAUGGAAAUACAACAGCUGACUACAGCGGGGCUGUGCACUACAGGUGUGCAGUAACCAACCCGAGAGGUGUGCGCCAGGUGACAUGGCAGAGGCUCUUCAAGGACGAUUCCAUUGAGAAUUUGGCAACCUACAGCACGCGGUUUGGACAACAAGUAAAUGAUCCUUACAAGGGGAAAGUGAUCUUCACAGAGGCGUCUCUCGGGUCGUCAUCCAUCACUCUGAGGAACGUUACGUGGGAUGAUGAAAGCUGUUACAUUUGCUCUUUCAACGUGUAUCCUGAUGGGUCCAAAAGAACGCAGAUUUGCCUCACGGUGCGAGGGAUAUCCGAGGUGAAAACUGAAGUGCAAGCUCCCAGCGACGUGGCGGUGGUGUUCAGUUGCUCUGCUACCGGUAAACCAGCUCCAACCAUUAAGUGGGAAUUCUCACCUGAUGCCACCCUCACAGACCAAACACAGACUGCGACGGUAACAAACAGUGACCACACAUUUACCAGCAGCAGCAACAUCACUCUGCGAGUACAUCCAGAGUGGAAGGGACAUGCGGACUGUCUGCUGAACAGCGGAGUGGCGGGACAAAGACGGGAGAGGAUUCCUUUUUCUUUACCUGUCGGAGAGAAAAAUGACAAGGGGACGGGGCUGUCUUCAUCAGGGAUUGCAGUUGUAAUCGCUGUUGUGUUUAUUUUACUCAUCGUUGGUGGUGGUGCUGCUGCUGCAAUGAAGCGAAAAAGGUUAAAGUGCACCGGAAGAGAUGAAAAUAUGAUCUGAGCCUUUCGCACGGCUGCCUAUUAGACUGUCAUGAAUGCAAGCAUUACAAAAAUCUACAUGUUUUUGCAUUCAACUUUAGAGGUUGAACAGUGAGUUAAGCUAAAUGAUGCUAUCUAAGAUCCAUUUCCAGCAGGUGGUUUUCAAAACUACCAUUUCUUUUUAAUUUCAAUAUUCACUUUAGCACUUUAAAUGUGUUCAUGGAGCUGCAAGCAAAGCAGUUAAUCUGGCUUUGUAGAAUGUAAAAACGCAGUGACCAAUGUUUCAUGUGUUAUGUGGUUUCAAACGAGUCUCAUGUAGAACUUUAAAGCUGUUAACUUCACUCUUUUUCACAGUUACAGUGAAUGCGACAUAGUGCAAUAGUAAAGGUUUACUUUUAAGGCAGCUUACCAGCAGAACAAGCUGUGUCUGGUGAAAACAAGGAAAUGUCCUGUGAGGUGAUAGCACCAUCUAGUGUGCUUUGUGGAGAAAAACAAAAAGUAGGAAGAAGUACCAAGUGCGUCUUACUAAGGAAUAGAUUUCAAUAGUUCAUUUUCUGCAGCUUUUUGGUACUAAGUGAUCUUUAAAGUUGUGUGAAGCAAUCAGGUGAUUAUUUUAUUCCAAAUUAAAAUAUCUAUAUCUAGCUACAUAUGUAUCACUAAUUUAUUCAUAUCAAUUACAAAAUAGACAUAAUAUAUAAAUGUGUUGCACUUUUCUUUGCACUUUAAUGUUCGAUGUUUGUGUUCUCAUGUUAUUUAUUUCUCAAUUAACCUCUGAUUCACAUUAAUUGUAUGGCUGUAACUGUAGUAAGGAUCUUACUAUAUUUAGUGUGUUAGUAUUGUUUUAACUCAUCCCUGUCAAACACUGGAUUAAUAAUGUGUGAGGUGCAAGGAGUUUCUAAUAGUUGAUGUGUUUUUAAUAAUGUAUUCUCUGAUUCGUUCUAUAUAUUAAUUUGUACUUAUUGUUAUUAAAGCAAUGAUGUUUUAAUGUUA